CAUUUUAAAAUAUAGAAUUUUCUAAGUAGAAAAAAACGAUCAUAAAUUUAAAUAUCGUUUCUUCAAAGUAACAUUUACAAAAGAAUAAAACAGUAUUAGAAAAUACGAAAUGAAGCGCCUUCAUUACCAAUUUAUUCUAAUGUUUAGUGCAAGUUAUUUUGCCGUUGCACACAUUGUACUAACGUUUCCACCAGCUAGACCGAUGGCGUUCGACUUUCUGGUGAAUAUGUGGACGAUUGGACCAUGUGGGGUGGAAUAUAACGAGAGCAAUGCUAUUCUGACAAAUUUGACAAGUGGCAGUGACGUCACUGUGACGUGGAAUACUGCUUAUCCACACUUGGGUGGAAUAAAGCUCCAAAUAUUGGAUACUGAUGGUGGUAUUGUUACCGAACUAACAGAUGAUGAAUUCGUUUCGAAAAACGACACAACGAGUCAAUCUUAUGACAUCACAAUACCUGAUGAUGUAGAAUGUGAUCAUUGUUACAUCAGAAUAUUGCGACAAGCAUCUGAGUGGAAGGGAGAUAAAGAUGAUGGUUUUUUAUUUUGGUCGUGUGCUGAUGUCAGUAUUAUUUCAGUAGAAGAUGAAUGCUUUGACGGGAAAUGUUUAAAUGGGGGAACUUGUGAUGGUGGGGAAUGUACUUGUAUGGAUAAAUAUGAAGGAGACAGAUGCGAAUAUAAGAACGAUUGUUCAACUAAUGAAGAUUGUUCAUCUAAUGGGGAAUGCGUUACCAUGGAAACAGAUAGUUAUCCUAAGAAACAAUGUUUCUGUUAUGAAGGUUGGAUGGGAAAAUUGUGUGAUAAAGAAUCUUCCAUCACUGAAGCAAAACUUGAGGACACUUCUGAUUAUUUCAAACUUCAGCUUUAUGAAGACCCUGAAUUCACAAUAUUCUGGAAACUUCUCGACAAUGAUGAAGUUGAAAUUGCCUUUCGAUGUAAAUCUGACACUUGGUGCGCUAUUGGGUGGAGACCGCUAGAUGUCAGUGCAGAAUGCAAGAAAAUAGACAAUAAGUUUAAGAAUAAAGAAAACUCUUCUAAAGAAGAAGCACCAAGUGACAAAGAGCGUAGAAAAAGAAGCAGGUAUUCAGAUACUCGUAAUAGAAGAGAAGUUGUUGAAAAAAGAGAUUCAAAGAUAAAUGUGAUAAAAGAUUUAUGCGAAGCUGGAAAUAUUUCACAAGCUGCAGAAUGGGCAACAUGGAGUUUUAAUUAUGGAUCAGUGGAAACAG